AUGUCGCCUGGUUCUAUCAAAGCCUCUUCUCUGUACAGCGAGGCGAAAAUGGUGGAUUGUACUCGAGUCAAGUUUGAUGUGCCCAUUGGGACCUGGGGUCAGACGCAAGUGGAGGUGGAAUACCCAUGGCACCGAGACCUGGACUCCAUCAUCCUGCCCCUGCUGGAGACUGCACAUGAACAGCAAGCUGAACGACAACGAAAACACCGCUCCGAAGGGUUGCCGAUGCACAAGUCGCACUCGAAAAAGUCACAUCGAGGAUCAGCUAAGACCGAACGCAAUGACUCUGCGGUGCUGCCCAUGCGACCAAACGAAGACAUCAAGCUGUAUCUCAAGGGGUUCGAAUCUGCAAGAGACCUGACGACGAAGCGAGGCGAGACAUUCCAGACCGUGCUCGAGCAGUACGCACAACAGAUGGAAAAGGACGUGGAGCGACUGGAGCUCUUCCACAAAGGCAAGCACGUCGGACGAAGCAUGACGCCCGAUACUGCCUCGGAGACGGUGCGAAGUUGCAGGUCUAUGAGCUCGUUAUCUAGCUCUGCGACCUCAACACAAUCUCGAGAACUCCGCAGGCGCAGCAAGAAGCGAUCCCGCCAGCGAGUGGAAGAGCCUGAACGAGGAUCGAUAUUGGUGGGAAAUGACAUUUCAGGCGAGUCGAGUCAAUCUUUGCGGUCUCCAUGGUAUAGCGCACCUAGCGUACCGGAGAAGAACCCAUUGAGAAACUCGCAUUGCCGGAAUGCGUCCUGGACAUCAAUAGGUUCGAACUCGUCGGAUAAGGCUCUCAAGCUCCUCGGUAUUGAUGCAAACGAACUGCAACAUCUGGCUCACAUCGAUUCGGUCGUCCCUCUGCAACAUUAUGCUUCUGGUUCCGUCACUCAGAUCGACCUUCAACCCGGCCCUUCGCGUACGGCACGCCAACAUGAAGGUAGCAUAUCUGUCGAAAGCAACAAAGCGUAUGAGAUUCUCGGUGCGACCGUUGAGGAAACACUAAGGCAUCUCGAUCUCCAAACUUCAACAUCUGACGUCAACUCCAUCCACGACUCGCUCUCUCCUAUUGAACCUCGACGGUAUAGACAUGACUCUCAAGGUCGUGCCGUGACCAUUGUCUCUACCGACAAGGCCCGAAGAAUGCUAGGCGUCGAUCGACCCGAUUCCGAUCCCGGCCCAGGUGGACGUCAACGCACUGUUCACGCAGACUACGCAUUCAAGACACGAUCCUAUCCUUCUGCAAAACCGGUCGAUUAUCCCACGUCCACCUCGUCCUCCGCAUACCCAGAACCUCUCAACUGCAAGCGUUUCUCAUUGAAGCCGGAUACCUAUCGUCGCCCAGAAGAUCUCAUCGGCGCAACAUCCGACGACGACAAGCCGAAACGCAAAUCUCACCCCGCUGCAACGACAGAAAUGAAACGUAAUUCAGUCAUCGUCCCGUUCGCGGAAGAUGCGGACCGCGAAUCAGACGAUAUCAAAUUGACGACUACCUGCAGUGGACCCAACACUGGAUAUGUGGAUCCCACAGAUGAAUCCAUGGAGCCCGAGCAUGCGAUCCAGUAUUCAUUCCGCGGGACUGUCGCGAAGAGAUGUCCGAGGAUGAGUGGGAUUAUUGAGAAUUGUAGUCUGAAGAGGACGUGGAGUGCGUGA